UAUCCUCGCGCUGCUUUCAUCCUACUAUGCUUCUCCAUCUCGUGUCCGACUUCACUUGCAAAUGUCCAGAAGAAGGCAAUUUGGUAUCCCGAAAUCCAGCGUCACGCUCCCGAAGCGAAGAUCGUGUUGUUGGGAGGGAAGGCCGAGUACCGCGACGAUUGGACAACCAAGGAGGCAUUGCGCGAGAAUGGCAUGGCACCCACGACGUAUGAGGAUGGCCAGCGAGUCGCGGGGGAGAUUGGUGCAGUCGAGUAUCUCGAGUGCACUGUCGUUGAUCGAGAGAGCGUUGUUCGCGUGCUGGAGACCAUUGUU